AGUUAUCUGUGACGCAAUUGGUCAGUUAGUGACGUGUUUUUAUUUAUUUACUUGACUGCGGGGCCCCUGCUGACUGUCCUCCCCUGGUGCGUGGAAGUGGCACGCGAGGAGCGCAGCCAAGGAGGCUGCCUGCCUUCCCCUUCCUUCUUUCCCCUCUUUCUGCAGUGCAGCUGCGCUGCCUCGACUUGCUGCUCCCCCUGCAGCUCGCGGCGUGAAUCUGGAAGUCCCCCGACCCCGACGACGAGCGCCCUCGCCGGCCGGCCUCCUCCUGCCGUCGCCGCUCGCACACUUGGCCCGAGGCGCGGAGGCUCUGCGGGAGAGGCGGCUGCUCGCGGCUCCUGGUCCGCAAACGCCGCGGGAUCCGCCGUCGAGAUUCCUCCGGAAGGAAACAGCAACCCUGAGCUGACCGCUGCCUCUUCGAGGGAACCAUCUGCAUGUGACAGGCACUGGUGGUGUUUCAGAACUCCAGAUCUGGGAUGCUUCAGUCUCUGAACAGUGCGUCAUACACUGAGCAUCGUCUUCAUGUCCAAGGAAACUAUUCACCAUCUCCUUCCCCACAAGGAAGGCCUCGUUUUACCUCUCCCCCAUCUCACUCCAGAGCUGGAGCACCUGAGGGAACACUGGGCCUCAGUCUGGAUGACUUCGUUCCAUUGCGCCUCCACAAAAACUCCUCUUUCAUCAGCAGCAGAAACCCCGUAUCUCCUCAGGCUACAUCUACUCCAGAGAUGGUGAGGGCUCCCUCCAACCACAGAGUUCCUGUGAUUCGUCAUUGUGGUUCGAACACCUUGAAUUUUGAGUUCCACGACACAGCCCCCCGCACUGUGUACAAUGGGAUCUCUCAGCCAUGGAAAACAACCUCAGCAAAUAAUUGGUAUCCCACCUGGCCUGCUAAAGAAAUUAGACCACCGACAUCACAAGCAGCACCUGUCCCCCACCCGGCUGGUUCACCUGCUAGCCCAGCUGUCAAUGGCACUGCAAAACCAGGCUGGUCUGCCACCUGGACAAAAGAUGGCCGGAGGAAGGAAAAACGCUGGGUGAAGUAUGAUGGCAUUGGACCAGUAGAUGAGUCUGGGAUGCCCAUCGCCUCACGAUCGAGUGUGGAUAGUCCCCGGGACUGGUAUCGGAGCAUGUUCCAGCAGAUCCACAGCAAGCUUCCUGAAUCGGAACUGGACUGGGACUUCUCUGACAACUCUAGAGAUCACAGGCCUCCGGGGUUCAUGCAGAAAAGGCAACCCGCAGCCCUGCCAUCAAGCAGCCCUGGCUUCAAGCACCGGCAGAAUGGCUUAGACUGGAGAAAUUGGGAAGCAGCUGAUGCUGCAGUCAUGGAGCCCAAGAGCAUUUUUGACUAUGAGCCUGGGAAGUCCUCCAUCCUCGAAUAUCCCAGCUCGCCUUCGAAGCCCCUCACAGCAUAUUCAGCACAACGCCGCCCUCCCUCCCCACCCAUUGAGGAGUUACUGGAGAGGGAGCUGCAGCAGCUGAGCGAAGAGCUGGACAAGGACAUCAGAGCCAUUGAGUUUUCCCUCAAGGGCUCCUCCUGGGCCGCUUCGUCCGGCUGCGCCCCUGCUCCUCCGACCUCGGCUGCCCGCCGCAGCCCACUGCCUGACCGCAGCACCUAUCCUUCUACAGGACAAAGCCUCUCUGUUGCUCAGGACCACUUACCAGCCACCCCUAGAAUGGAGAAGGGAAGCCCAGGCAUUGCCAGGAAUAACUGGAGCAGCUCACCACCCAGGAAUGAUCCUCUGAGACUUGUUGGGACAAGCCCCUUUCUUGAUUCUUCAGAAAUUGUCUUGGAUAGUCCCCCAAAGAGAGACGAGAAGAAGAUGAAAGCUGCUCGGCUCAAAUUUGACUUCCAGGCAGAGUCGCCAAAGGAACUGACUUUGCAGAAAGGUGACAUUGUCUACAUUCACAAGGAAGUGGAUAGAAACUGGCUGGAAGGAGAACACCAUGGCAGGGUGGGCAUUUUCCCCACCAACUAUGUGGAGGUCCUGCCUCCAACAGAAAUCCCCAAGCCGAUCAAAUCCCCCACCAUUCAAGUCCUGGAAUAUGGAGAAGCGCUGGCUCAGUACAACUUCAAGGGUGACCUGGCAGUGGAGCUGUCAUUUCGGAAGGGUGAGCGCAUCUGCCUGCUCCGCAGGGUGGAUGGAAACUGGUACGAGGGCCGCAUCUCUGGCACCAACCGCCAGGGCAUUUUCCCAGCCAACUAUGUGCAGGUGGUGAAGGAGCCAAGAGUGAAGAACUCGGAGGAGUUUCCUUCCUCUCCAGGCCUGCAGGCCCCUUCUGGCUCCCCGUCCCAGCCACACUCACCCAGCCUGAGCAGCAGGGGGCAGUUUAACACCUCCCCGUUGAGCCUGCGGGGCUCCCUGGCCACAGAUGUGCUGCAUUCCUCCUCCUCAAGCCACUCCGGAUUCACUUUCCCUGCAUCCCCGAAGUUCGAGCACCCAGAGGCUGUGCCCCGCGGGCCCCAGAGCGCGGCCAGAGCCGCCUCUUUCAGUCCCCACAUCCAGAGCCCUGUCAAAACAUCCAGCAGCAGCCCAUCGCCAGCCUCAUCCUUCCAGAUUCAGGAGCCUGAGCAGCCUGCUGCCCCCACCAUGGCUCCACAACAACGAGGCGUCUUCCCACCGCAGGCAGCUGCUCCUGGAGCUUCCCAGCCCUGCAGCCCUGGACACGUCUCUUCAUGUGUGCCCCCCUCCAGUGCGCAGUGGACCCUAUACCAGGCUCUCUAUCAGUACAGACCCCAGAAUGAAGAUGAGCUGGAACUUCAUGAAGGGGACCAAGUGGAUGUCAUGCAGCAAUGUGAUGAUGGCUGGUUUGUGGGUGUCUCUAGAAGAACACAUAAAUUUGGCACUUUCCCUGGGAAUUACGUUGCCCCUGUGUGACUGCUCCUCGACCAACCCCUCGUGUGCCAAGUGGAAACUGAGUCAGAAUCUGCUGCUCUUGUAUCCGGUUUCCUUGGAAAGAUGCCCCACAGUCUGUAGACAAGGAGCAAAAAGAGGUGGUGGUGUGAGAGCCAGCCUGGAGCCCAAACUGUGUUCCAGGAAGUUCUUGCCACUUGUCCCCUGGAGGCCUCUUGUUCCUUGACCAUCGCCUUACACUUCUGUGUCUUGGCUUCCUUGUACAGGGUGAUCACACUCUUAUUUUCUCCACCCUCCAGUAUUUAUGGAGCAUCAUUAUUUCAAGCCUUUCUGUAACAAGCAAGAGACUCGGGCGAAGCAGGCAAUGCAGAUAACCUCCUGGGCUCUUUGCUUGCUGUGGCCCAACUGAGUUUCCUUUUUGUGGGCAAAUCUAGGAGUGCCAGCCCUUCUGCCAGCUCUCAUAGCAGCAGUGCAAGGUGGAAAUGGGAUUGUGACCCUGUGACUGCCCUGCAUCAAAUCUCCAGAAAGAUCCUGCUUCCUUGCAAUGGACCACAAACACUGCUGUGGUGUUCUGCAGACUCUGUAACCAAUGUCCCAGCACAACUGAUGAGCUGACAGCGCUCUCUGAGCACCCACAGCCUCUGUGUUCCAUGGGAAUCCAUGGACCCUGUCGAAUGGCGGCUGCUCCACCAAGUGUAUGCAAGGCAGCAUGGCUACCAGUAGUAACAUUUUUGUAUCCUGCCCAACUUCCCUCAAAGGCUUUGCCUUCUGGAGAUCCAUCUAAAUGGUCUCUCCAUCUAAAGGAUUCAUUUAGAACUUUGAUCAAAAUAACUUCCAAUCAUUCCUCUUCAUGUUUGACCCUGUGAGUGGAUGCAUUAUCUUGCUUGUGUUAAACUAAAAGAUGUGAUCACUUGGAGAGUUAGCAAAUUCCUAGGGCUACUCUGCAGCUAGAGCACACUUUGGACAUUCCUUUAGCCUAAACUCUCUGUCUUUACUUGCACUUCUUCUUCUUCUUCUUCCUCUUCCUCUUCCUCUUCCUCCUCCUCCUCCUCCUCCUCCUCCUCUUCCUCUUCCUCUUCUUCCUCUUCUUCCUCUUCUUCCUCCUCCUCGCCUAAUUUUGAGCACCUGCUACAAAGGCUUUAAUAUUGAUACAGUUGUUGGGGGUCGAAGGAAGGAAGUGAAGGGGAGAAUUCAGUUCUGUUACGGUUACUGACAUCUGUGCUAAUUGACCCCAACCAAGAAGCAGUGGUGGUUAUUGCUUUUGCAUAAGUGCCCAUUGUCCACAGCUCCUCUCUGAAGAUGCAUCUCAUUCCUGCCCCCAGCAGCAAAAGCCAGACACCAUUGGAGACCCGCAGGACUCCUAUCCUGGCAUUGGAAAUCUGGGCCUGUUUGUAUGUUGCCUGUAUCCUGCCUUUAAUCUCCUUGAACUUUCCAUUCUGGCAGUCUCCUUUCACCUCCAAAGUCAAGGGUCAAGACCGGAGGGAGAUUUCUAGGUCUAAAGAUAUUCUCUAGUGGCUAGAGUAGCCACAGCUUGAGUUGUUUUCAAACUUCUGGGGGUAUGCAGCUGGUGAGGCAGAGGAAAGAGACAGUGGGGGAUUGUAUUGGGCCAAGAACACUGAGACAUCUAUGUCUCCUGCAGCCUCUUGCACAGUGCUAACGAAAUUGUCCUCCACACUGCAGCAGAACAGUUGUGCAAGUGGGGUGUUGAGACAGUCCCACCCAUGGAGAGAAGAUGUGCAGGUUGAGACCAGUCCUGGUGGAGUUGAGUCUCUGCUCUAGGUAAACAACAGGGGCUGCCUUUUGUUUUUAAGAAACAUGGUAGCCGCACCUUGCAGGUUCAGACUCAGCAUUUUGGCUCUGCGGUUUUCAGACUCUUUACCUUCAAGGAAGCUUUUCCAGCUGUCCCCCUGCCCCGCCCCCCAGCACAUAGCAAAGGACUGUGGUGCAUGCCAAAGUUCACUGGUCCUCCCUAUCAUGAGGCAGUGAGGCAGACAGUGCUGGGAUCAGAGCUGUGUGUGCCCUAAGCCUGCACUAAAGUAGCUUGCUUUCAUCAGGUGAGCACUGCAGGAUGUGAUCCUCUUGCCAGUCUUAGGCAGUUUAGACACCAUACCUUUAAAGCAACACACACAAACACCCCAAAUCAUGGGAACCGUAGUUUACCCCUCAAAAGCUACAGUUCCCAUCACCUUUAACAUGCUAGUUUCCAGGAUUCUUUUUUUUUGGGGGGGGGGCGAAUCAUAGAAUUGUAGAGUUGGAAGAGACCCUGUGCUUCAAAUGUGCCUUAAAGGUAUGGAGUGUGUACAGCCUCAAAAUGAGAUUCAAGUGUCUCACUGAGACACUGUCCUGGUCCAUUCAGCUUCUGUAUAUGGAAUGGAGGGGGGGGGACCAGCUGUUUGUUUGUCUCCAGCAGCAAAGUGUUGGGGGCUGCCCUGCUGUCAAGCCGUCACUCCCUUGAAGCAGCACUUUUGCAAGGGGAGUUUGGUAGAGACGGCAAACUCUCUUGUGGGAGAGCUCAUCUCUCUUCUCUCAUCUGUCUCCCAACUUGUGAGGAACCCCAACCACCACUAUUUGAAACAACCUCAUCUAGCAUUUUGGAUCAGACUGGGUCUCCUGACCUGACACAUGAUUCAGAGAUGUGUUGUGCCUGAGCUGCACAGCACCACUGAACCCAGUCAGCUUGUAGGAGGCAAGUGGCUGUCUGGUUCGCUGUGGGAAAAGAGAGUCCUUGAUAUUGUUGCCUAUACAGCUUUUCCUGCCAAUAAAAUGUUGCUGAUCUAAAGUCAA